AUGUUAGUCUUUCUUUCUAUGGCCCGACUUGGCGUCUCCUACGGCCGUAACCUUACAGAAAAUAUGCUCCACCCUUCCAGUGUGAAAUCUUACUCUCAUUCGCGCUGGAGGGUGCUACAGAUUCUUAGGAAUCGCCUCGAGUCCCAGGCUGGAUCUGGUCAUCCAGUUCAUGUUAGGGAUCACUUUCAAUAUGCCAUGUUUUUUCUUUUGAGCGUAAUGUGUUAUGGUGAUAGUGUUAAUGAUAUUCAGAUAAAACUAAUAAAGGAAGUUCAGCAGCGAGCGUUUUAUAAUUCCCAUAAGUUUAAUAUACUCAAUUUUUGGCCAAGACUGACAAAGAUCGUGCUGCGUAGACGCUGGGAGGAAUUCUUUCAGCUCAAUAAAAGCCGACAGGAUGUAUCGAUUCCAUUGAUACGAGCAAGAAAGAAGGUGCGAGAGGAGCAAACAAGCAAAAGUAGUAAAAGCACCAAAGAAUAUGAGCAUGCUGUAUCCUACAUUGAUACAUUAUUGGCUCUGGAAUUUCCUGACGAGAAAAGAGAACUAAAUGAGGAUGAAAUUGCUAAUUUAUGCAACGAGUUUCUUAAUGCAGGAACUGAUACUACUUCAACUGCCUUGGAAUGGAUCGUGGCUAAUUUGGUUAAGUACCCACAAAUACAAGAAAAGUUAUUCAUGGAGAUUAAAGGGGUUGUGGGAAAUGGAAAGGAAGAGGUAGAAGAAAGUGAUUUGCAAAAGAUUUCGUAUCUGAAAGCAGUGAUUUCGGAAGGCCUGAGGCGGCAUCCUCCUGGGCAUUUUGUGGCACCGCAUGCAGUGACGCAAGAUGUUGUUUUGGAUGAAUAUUUGAUGCCCAAGAAUGGAAGCAUCAAUUUUAUGGUUGCUGAGAUGGGGUUGGAUCCAAAGGUAUGGGAGGAUCCUAUGGCAUUCAAGCCUGAUAGGAUUUUGAAUAUUGGAAGCCAAGAACUUGAUAUUACAGGCAGUAGAGAGAUUAAAAUGAUGCCAUUUGGUGCAGGGAGGAGAAUUUGUCCUGCUUAUCGUUUAGCAAUGUUUCAUUUGGAAUAUUUUGUGGCUAAUUUGAUUUGGAAAUACAAGUGGAAAGCUGUAGAUGGAGAUGAUGUUGAUUUGGCUGAGAAGUUAGAGCGGGCAGUGGUACUGAUGAAGAAUCCGUUGCAAGUCCAUAUAACUCCAAGGUUUUAG